AUGGCCACGGUAGCAUUGGUCGGAGCGACAGGCUUGGUGGGAGGAAACAUCUUCGCCACCCUCCAGAACCUCGACAAAGUCAACAAGCUCUACACCUUCUCGCGCAAAGAGCUCGCAACCGACGCGAAAGUAACACCAAUCGUCUCGCAAGACAGCACAACAUGGCCGACGCAGUUCCCGCCCGGCAGCGACAUCUUCUUCUCAGCACUAGGCACAACACGAGCGAAAGCCGGCGGCUUUGAAAACCAAGUCAAACUCGACCGCGACUUCAACAUCGAGCUCGCCAAAGCCGCCAGAGCAGCAGGGUCGAAGGUCUACGUCCUCAUCUCCUCCUCGGGCGCCAGCAGCUCCAGCCCCCUCGGAUACCCAAAGAUGAAAGGCGAGCUGGAAGACGCCGUGAGCGCUAUGGACUUCGAGCACGUCGUUCUCGUGCGCCCUGGCCUGAUCGCAGGUACAAGAGAAGAGGCGCGGUCGGGACUUAAUGGGACGGCGGAGCUUGGGCUGAGGAAGUUUGCCGGGUUGUUGGGGAGUAUAAGUAAUGGGUUGAAGGACUUUUGGGCGCAGGAUGCGGAUGUGAUUGCGAAGGCUGCUGUGCAUGCGGGGCUUGAUGCGCUGAAUGGGGGGCAGAAGGAGAAGGUCAGGGUGUUGGGACAGGCGGAGAUUGUGAGGUUGGGGAGGACUGAGUGGAAGGCUUGA